CUUUUUAAACAACUGCCCGCGGCUGGAGCGACUGAUUGUCCAUUCCUCGAACCAAAUGUCGAAGCUCGAAAUUUGUGGUCCGCCCCUCGUAUUAAAACACUUGGAGAUCGAGUUUUGCUCGGGUUUGGAAUCGCUUAAAGUUUCCGUGCCGAGUCUUACUUCACUCAGCGUCACGAGUUUAAAGGGGUUCUCACUCGAGAAUGUUCCGAUGCUCGUUGAUGUAUCGGUUCACAUUGUUGACGACAACACUUUACUAGAUCGUUUGUUUCAUCUACUGUCUUGUUGCAUCUCUCAACUGCAAACUCUCCACGUGUCUUUGGACAACGAAGAUAUUUCCAGUGCGGAAUUAGACGAGCUUUGGGAACUUCCUCAAAUGCCUAAACUCAAGAAGUUGUUCAUUGAAUAUUGUGUAAGAGGCGAUAAAAGCCUCGUUCGACUCGCCCCUGUCAUACGGGCGUCUCCUUCCUUAGUCGAAUUUGUUUUACACCAUAACUGGUAUCUAUACCCGAGGGAAGAUAGACAACAACGGAAUGAAUAUGCUAUAAAGAUUCCGCACCGGCAUCUUAAAGUUUUCGAGUUUCGUGGCUAUUAUGGUUGCAGUAAUGAUGCGGGAUUACUCGGCUACAUUUUGGAGUACUGCGUCGUUCUUGAGAAAAUAAUAAUCGAUCCGUGGUUUAAAUUGGGAAACAACGAUUUAGAAAUCGAAGAAGUGGAAGAAACUGCAAGAAAGACCGCGAAACGAGAGCUUGCACCACAAGUACCUCAACGCAUCGAAUUGGUUAUUCUUUAACUUAAACGACCAUGAGGAAGGAUUUUGUAGUGUUUCAAUUGUUUUAUUUUACAGUUAAACCUCUAUAAAUUAAUAGAGUCGCGACUAGAGAAAUUCUAUUAAUUUAGCGAAUUAUUAACUUAUCGAGUUAAUAAUUUAAUGUAUUUUCACCGAAUCGGAGUCGAGAGAAACUAUUAUUUAAGCGAAGUUAUAAUUUAUGUAGAAUUCAAUUUUUAUGGG